GAGGCCGAGAGAAUGCGGUGAAGGUAACCGGCUGCGUCCCCCGAGGGAAGGCAGUCCGGCAGCCUGGCAGCCAGCUGGGGUCCCUGCGGGCGCGGGCUCUGAUCAGGGACCUAGCGGACCCCGGAGCCCGCCUGGAUCGGCACCCGGCGGGCGGGCUCAGCGCCGCGCGCUGGAGGGGCUGCUGUUAGUGCAGGGGACCCCGGGUCUGCACCAGAACCCGAGGGGGAGGGGUGCCCGGCCGUGCCCCGGGAGACCGCGCGGGGCCGGGACCGGGGCCGGUGCUAACUGCGGCGUUCCGUGCCAGGAAGACAGGACCUCGGGUGCCCGGUGCAGCUGCUGAGUCGCUGACCAGAGCUGACCCUGAGGCUGGAGGGGGAGCGAUCUGAGGGCAAACGGCAUUGUAUGCUCAACCUCAAGAAAGGGGAGGGUCCCCUUCUUUCCCACCCCUCUCUCUCCUCCUCGCGUGCCAGGCUUGCUGCUGCUCUUUGCCACUCGAGAACGCGGCGGCGCCGAGGACUCCUUGGCACAUUCCGUCUUGGAGCAGUGAUGAGCCGAGCUGAUGUUGCCUGGAGGAAAGAGGACAAUCUGCAGCGAGUGCUGAAGGGGUGAAUGGGGCAGGUCCUGGCAGAGGGCAGGAUGAUUGAGGAAAGUGGGAACAAGAGAAAGACCAUGGCAGAGAAGAGGCAGCUGUUUAUGGAAAUGCGUGCUCAGAAUUUUGAUGUCAUCAGGCUAUCAACAUACCGGACAGCUUGCAAACUAAGAUUUGUACAAAAAAGGUGUAAUUUGCACCUUGUUGAUAUCUGGAACAUGAUUGAAGCCUUCCGAGACAAUGGCCUUAACACACUGGAACAUAACACUGAGAUCAGUGUGUCCCGUCUGGAAACCAUCAUUUCAUCCAUCUACUACCAACUGAACAAACGCCUGCCUUCCACUCACCAGAUCAGUGUGGAACAGUCAAUCAGCCUUCUCCUCAACUUCAUGAUUGCAGCAUAUGACAGUGAGGGCCGCGGAAAGUUGACGGUAUUUUCGGUUAAAGCUAUGUUAGCAACCAUGUGUGGUGGAAAAAUGCUGGACAAAUUAAGAUAUAUUUUCUCACAGAUGUCAGAUUCCAAUGGCUUAAUGAUAUUCAGUAAGUUUGACCAGUUUCUGAAGGAAGUUUUGAAGCUCCCUACAGCUGUUUUUGAAGGUCCUUCUUUUGGAUACACAGAACAUUCAGUAAGAACGUGUUUUCCACAGCAGAAAAAGAUAAUGCUGAAUAUGUUUUUAGACACAUUGAUGGCUGAUCCUCCUCCCCAGUGCCUUGUCUGGCUACCUCUCAUGCACAGACUUGCCCAUGUUGAAAAUGUCUUCCAUCCUGUGGAGUGUUCAUAUUGCCGGUGUGAGAGUAUGAUGGGUUUCCGAUAUAGGUGCCAGCAGUGCCACAACUACCAGCUCUGCCAAAACUGCUUUUGGCGGGGCCAUGCUAAUGGCCCUCACAGCAACCAACAUCAGAUGAAGGAACAUUCUUCUUGGAAAUCACCUGCAAAGAAGCUGAGCCAUGCAAUUAGUAAAUCUCUGGGUUGUGUACCCACCAGGGAACCCCCACAUCCUGUUUUUCCUGAGCAACCAGAGAAGCCACUUGACCUUGCACAUAUAGUCCCUCCUCGCCCUCUGACCAACAUGAAUGAUACAGUGGUUAGUCAUAUGUCCUCUGGAGUUCCUACUCCCACCAAAAGGUUACAGUAUAGCCAUGAAAUACCCAGUCACUUGGCUGAUGAGCAUGCACUGAUAGCUUCAUAUGUGUCACGUCUACAGCAUUGUGCACGUGUCCUGGACAGCCCAAGCCGACUAGAUGAAGAACACAGACUUAUUGCCCGUUAUGCUGCCCGGCUAGCUGCAGAGGCAGGAAAUGUUACCCGUCCUCCAACUGACCUCAGCUUUAACUUUGAUGCUAACAAACAGCAAAGGCAGCUCAUUGCAGAACUGGAAAAUAAAAACAGAGAAAUUCUUCAAGAGAUUCAGCGUCUCCGCUUGGAACAUGAACAAGCUUCCCAACCAACCCCCGAGAAGGCUCAGCAGAAUCCCACACUCCUGGCAGAGCUCCGGCUACUUCGGCAAAGGAAGGAUGAAUUGGAACAAAGAAUGUCUGCCCUUCAGGAGAGCCGGCGAGAGCUAAUGGUACAGCUAGAAGGGCUCAUGAAGCUGCUAAAGGAAGAAGAACAAAAGCAGGCAGCUCAGGCCACCGGAUCCCCACACACAUCUCCAACUCAUGGAACUGGCCGCUCAAUGCCCAUGCCUGUCCGUUCAACUUCUGCUGGCUCUACUCCUACUCAUGGACCACAGGACUCACUGAGUGGAGUCGGGGGAGACAUCCAGGAAGCCUUUGCACAAGGUACGAGGAGAAACCUCCGCAAUGAUCUGCUUGUGGCUGCUGAUUCCAUCACCAACACCAUGUCAUCUCUGGUGAAGGAACUCCAUUCAGCAGAGAAAGGUGGAGAGGAAGAGGAGGAGAAGACACAGAAUAAAAAAGACAGAGGUUAGCCGGGACAGUCUGGACCAAGGGGUAACAAAAAGACUCAGAGGACAGUGGAACAAGCUGGCAUUGACAUGAUGAAGGCAGAGCCUUCCCCCAGAGGCAUCUUCCCAUCCAUCAUAUUUCCAGUGCACACCUGGACCAAGUCUGCAGCCUGCCUGUCACCGCAGCGCCAGGACAAGGAGAGCCAAUGAUGAUGGGAGGAGGGGAGGGACUGCCAGAGGGUCCUACUGGUGGGCCCUUCCCUCAGAUUCCUGCAUGUACUAGCAUCAUCACCACUCCCCUCAGGGCAUGGGCUCAUCUCUGCAACAAGGAAUUUCCCAGGAGGUUUAAAAAAAAAAGAAAAAAAAAGAAAGCACUAAUCUUGUGUCAGUGACCUGGGUUUCUUUCUGACUUGCUGCCAAAAUGUGGGUGAUUUCCCAGGGCAGGGGACAGUUUCCCCACAUGACCUUUGACCUUCAAAAAAACACCAGCAAGUUUUCUUCUAUCACACAAAGAAAGCUUCAGGCCCAUUUUCAGCUUUACAGACAGCCAUACCCAGGCCACAGGCUAAAAAUAGACUCUUGCCUCUCACUAUUGGGUUUCCGCUACAUUUGACAUUACAUGCUCUGUAACCUGGGGAAAGAAAGAACUCACUGCUAUAGCCCCCAGAGUCCAAAGCAUAAAGUCCUUUCCUCUACAGGAAUUGCAAGCAAAAGUAUUGUAGGCCAGGGAGAAUGUGGAUGGGAGAAAUGGGCCCUGUCUGCUUUUCCCUGGAGGCCACUUGGUGAAGCCAUCCUCUGCCUUUCAUUGUGUUUAAAUAAUUCCUUGGCAUACAUGAUAAUCAGUCCUAAUUCUUGGUGAUUUCUCCCCCCCCCCCCAUUUUCCCCCUCCUUUUUGGGUUCCAGUGUGUUAUAUUUAGAAGGAGAGCUGCUAUAAAUAUUUAUAAAGGGCAGAGGCUGGAAUGAAGUAACAGACUCCACAGCUGGCUCCCUGCAUUCUCUCUGCUUCGGCUGACCUCCAGCCUCUGCCUGAAUAGAGUCAAGGAAGGCCUGUGAACUGGGCCCAAUGGCUACAAAUGGUUUCCUAUGGAAACAAGUAGAAUCUGUCAGGCUGGAACAGAAAUACUUAUGGACAACAGAUUGUUUACAUCCUCAUUCACCCUGUCAUCCCUCCUUUUGCACUAACCUUAAGAGAAUCUAGGAAUGGAAAUCAUAAGACACUUUUAGGUUGAGACCUUUAGCAUUUCUUUGAGGCCUGGAUGUGAAAGGGAAAGGGCCACAAAAAGAGCUAUGUUGGUUAUUAAGGAGCAAGAAGGAAUAUGGUAAAUAAGGAGGGUAGCUACUUUCCCAGGGCUUAGGGGCUCUUGGAAUUCUAACUCAAACAGUAUGUGCUUAAGAGAGCACUGUGCCUCUCAUCACUGUGACUUGGGGCUGAAGAGCCCUGAAGCCUGGGAGAAAAGGCUAUGGAGCUAGGAGGUCAGGCCUCAAGUGGAGGUCUUUGAGGCCUGCUCUGUUCAUCACAAGGUUGCCUAGUCUCUGCAAAGUUGCCCGUAGUCUGCAGAAACAUGAAGGGUUUUGUUCUUUGCUUACUUACACGAAACCAUUUUGGGCCUACUUUCUUCAAAUCUUUGGGUUGGGGAGAAGGGGGUGGAAGAUGGCAGGCUUACAAGCAGGAAACAAUACAUUCAGUAUCAAAGGCUCAAAAAACCCUACCCCUAAGAACAUCCAUACCCCUUCCCAUAUGUAUUAAUGUCCUGAGGAUAAGACAGCAGAAGUCAGAGAUGAAGUAUAAGACCAGUAAUAUAGUAGACUAUAUUUUCUAUAAAUUAUUGCUUAAUUUCUUUUAUUCCCAGAUUAAUUUGUAAUAUUUUAGGUAAGAGUAGUAGUUUUUCCCACAGACCUCUGCCUUCAGACUAUGGCCCAAUCAGCAAGUGAAUUUAGUUUUUUCAGAACAAUUAUAGAUCAGCAGCAGAAGACAUGAUACUCCACCCCCCCGCCCAUGACCCCAAAGCUCAGGCAGCCCCUUUUUCUCUUUAAACUAGGUUUGGAAAAGACAGCAAAAUGACAUAAACAUAAAAUGGAAGCUCAUAACUUUCUUGUCUACCUCAAAAGGUCAUUGAUUGGGUCAGAUGAGAUAAUGGUUGGGAAAAUGCUUGGCAAUAUAUAUUCCAUUGUAUGAAUAUGUUGUCAUAUUAUGGCAUCUCUUCA